AUGGCAUUGCAACCAGACGAUGUGAAAAGAAUAUGUAGAACAACAGAUGUCAAGCCAACAGUGGAGAACGUCAUCCCAUACAACCGCUACAAGAGAACACAGCCCGAAAUCAACGGGGUCCGCAUGAUGGACGUGCCCACCAGCGACCAACUCCUGCUGCUGGCAGGCGGCCGAGAUCUGAACCUGUCGCUUUUGCAGGACGAACAGCACAGAACAGUCCAGGACGUGGAGCUGUUCAUUCUCAACAUUGGAUUCAUGCUCUGGUUUGGACACCUUGAUUCCGGCCUCGAGAUUCCGUACGAAAGCAUCAUCUACCAUGGGUCCAUCAAAGCCGAUGAAACCGUUGGGCACCAACUGGCGCUGCUAAUAACGUUGGAAACCGAUCCGGUCUUGGCGGAUUUCUUCCAACUGGCGCCUGCAGCGCCAGUUGCCCCUAUAGCUAAGAUGAAUGCGCGUGCGAACGCAGCAGCAGCAAUGCAGACUGUGGAGAUAACGCUUAGACCCAAGUACUCGCUAUAUGACAGACACUACAACGCCGAAAUCGAGUCACUCUUCACGUUCCAGGACUUCGGUGUCAAUCGCGGAGACGAAAUGGUGGACAACUGCCACAGAGAGCUGGCGGCGUGUCUCGAGGCCGUGUGUCACGACGCGGAAGACGGCGACGUAGAAAGCGACGACCAGGACGUCGUCCUGGACGAAGCCAUCGCCGUCGACGAGGACCAGCUGGCCAGCGUGUACGUGCCGUUUUCGGAGACGCUUGGCGUGCUGGACAACACGGGUCUAGCUGACGACCUGGGAGGGUCGGUGCCAGCGCAUCCAGUUCGCAGGUGA